CAUGAAAUAAUAUUUUCAUUCGUGCAUCGGAGAACAUUCACUGCAAACAGAAGAUUUUUUCGUCUUAUUUUGUCUAAAGUAAUUUUUUGCACAUCAACCCGGGUAGUUUCGGUUCCUCAUGGUUCCGAACGAGUCGAAUCGUGUAAUCGAUAAAAAGUGAUCAGAAUGGUGCUGCAAGGAGUGUUUACCUUUGCAUCUUCGUUGGCCCUCGGAGUUGUUGCCCUCGUAGGGAUAUACUAUACUUACAACUACUACCGGAAUCAAUGGGAGGAGGAACCCUUCCGACGGUCGCGUCCGGUACCCACCAAUCCCACCUCCUCGAAGCGCUGGGAAAGCUGUGACGACACUUCUGAUUCAAACUGCACGAUAUGCUUGAUCUCGGUUAACGACGAGGGCGCCAAAACGAAGUUGGUUUGUGGCCAUCUGUUCCACAAACGGUGCAUCAAUGGCUGGCUGCAGCAUUCGAAGUUCUGCCCAAAUUGUAGAGAGCCAGCUAGAUUCACGACGGAAUAGCGUGAAUCCUUUGGAUCACGGAACUGAAUCUAGAUGUUAAGCUCGUGGAAGCAAUAGAUAACUAAUAGCGAUGAAGGUUAGAUGUGAAACAGUUGCUUUCUAUUUUAUUUUAGUUUUAUCGAUAGAAUUCUAAUCAUUUACAUAACAUUAUUUCUAGCCAUGUAAAAAUCCGAAAAUAAAUAAUAAAUUCUAAUUUUGC